AAUGAAUAUAAAACAGAAAAAUAAAUUUAAAAUUCCAAAAUGUGUAAUGUUAAUCUGAUGACGUUUAUCCGGCUUAUCACGAAUGAAUGAAUGACUUGUCGUUCGUAGGACUCCGCUGAUAAACGAUAAACCAACAUGUAUUAAAAGCGAGCGAGUGCUUAGUAUAGAUCAGUUGAACGCUUAUACGCGAACGAACAUUAUCUCAAAGCGUAACUUUGUCGUUUGUCUUAUAGUGUUUGUAUUCAAAUAUUACUAUUACGAAAUUCGUUCGAAAAUUUAAAAUAAAUGAUAUCAAGUAUAAACAGUGACGCUUAGAAGAGAUAAGGAGUAUUAUUAUCGUUCUAUUUCUUAGUUAAUGUGUUCAUUUUGUUCUUUUUUAUUCUUUUAUUUGACUUGUUAUCUUGCUUCUUGUCGCUGCUUUUUUAAUCUAUUUACAUGAAUUUAUUCUAAAUAUCCGUAAUAAUAGUAAAUAUAAAAGUAAAGUAAAAGUAAAAGUAAAAUGAUUCGUAAGUUUAUUGUACGAACGUCGAAAAAAUUAUUAGAGCUGCGUAUUGCAAGAAAGGAGCAUAUUAGAAAUGUACAUUUCAAGUUUUAUCCCAACACAAGGUCGUUCAUACCCGAGCGAAAAACCGAAAAAUUGAAUAUGUAUCAAGCCAUUAAUCAAGCUUUGGACAUUACUUUAAAAAAUGAUUCAUCCGCAGUUAUUUUUGGAGAAGAUGUUGCCUUCGGUGGUGUUUUUCGUUGCACCGUAGGAUUACAAAAACGUUAUGGUUCCGAUCGAGUUUUUAAUACACCUUUAUCCGAACAAGGUAUCGCAGGUUUUGGUAUUGGUUUGGCGAAUGUUGGUGCAACCGCCAUUGCAGAAAUUCAGUUUGCCGAUUAUAUAUUUCCUGCAUUUGAUCAGAUAGUAAAUGAAGCAGCUAAAUGCAGAUACAGAAGCGGCGGAAUGUUUGAUUGUGGAAAAUUGACGAUACGAUCACCUUGCGGUGCCGUUGGGCAUGGAGGACUGUAUCAUUCACAAAGUCCGGAAGCUUAUUUUGCUCAUACACCUGGAUUAAAGAUUGUAGUACCUCGAGGUCCAGUGCAAGCAAAAGGACUUUUAUUGAGUUCUAUUCAGGAGCCAGAUCCUUGCAUAAUUUUUGAACCUAAGGUCCUUUAUCGUACGGCUGUUGAUGAGGUUCCGGUUGGUCAUUAUAAAAUUGAAAUUGGUAAAGGAGAGAUUAUUAAAGAAGGAAAAGACGUGACUCUCGUAGGAUGGGGCACACAGGUGCACGUACUAUUAGAAACAGCCGAUCUCGUCGAGGAGAAGCUCGGUGCAUCUUGCGAGGUGAUAGAUCUUCUUUCCAUUUUACCUUGGGAUGUUCAACUAGUUUGCAAGUCAGUAAAAAAAACUGGACGCGUAAUCAUAGCACACGAAGCACCAAGGACCAACGGAUUUGGAGCAGAAAUAGCAGCACGUAUUCAGGAGGAAUGCUUUUUAAAUUUGGAAUCUCCAAUUAUGAGGGUCACCGGUUGGGAUACACCAUUUCCACAUAUUUUCGAGGAAUUUUAUUUGCCGGACAAAUGGCGUUGCUUCGAUGCAGUAAAAAAAAGUCUUGACUAUUGAAGGAUCAUCGUUUAAUCUAAUAAGAUUGAAGAGAGAAGACUAGAAUAAAUGGGGAAGAAAAGAUCUAUUCUGAACGUGUGACAUUACUUGUAGAAGAUUAGCAAAUACUUAUACAUAUGACUUUUAAUGAAUUUUAUGACAUCGAUUUUUCGUAUUUGCGGUAUACUUAUAUAUAUAUAUAUAUAUAUAUUUACUUACUUACUUAACUUACUUACUUACACUGUCUCAGGAUCGACUUGUCACGUGUUCAAAGACCGGUCCCGCGACAAUUUGAUCGUAUCAUAGUAGUUCUAUCUAUAUUUCUAUCUCUCGAUCUUUUUUUUUUAUCCUGGUUUAACACCCUUUCCGUUCAUAUCAAAAAACGUGGCUCCCUUUUUAUUUAUCUCAUAUAACAUAACAAUAUAAGAUAACAAUCGUUACUUACAUUAGAUUUUCGAUAGUAAGAUCACUUAAAAGAUAUAGAUUUAUAAGAGAACAAACAAUAUUAUUUAUUAUCGAUGUUUAAUUAUCUAGUCAAGAUCGCUCAUCAAUGUGUUUGUCUUAAGAACAAACAAAAGACUUCAAAUUUCCAAAUUAUAAACACUUGGGAUAUAAUUAUUCGUAGAUAUAAGUAAAAAAUAAAUUGAAUAAAAAAAAGCCAAAAA